AUGGGAAGCAACAGGAAGCUGACUACACUUCACAGAUUCUUCCCGCUCUUCAGCAGUUACAUAUAUAACCUUAUCACGGAUGAGGAAUCUGUUCGAGACACAACAAAAUCUGUAUUGAAAGACUUUCUUAAUGAUGGCGUCUGUUAUCUUGAGCUUCGAACAACACCACGCACCACGCCUCAGCUCUCAGCAGAGCAGUACAUCUCAACUCUCCUUGAUGUGGUCUCGUCAUUUGAGUCUCAGAACCCUCAACUGCACACUCGCUUGAUCCUCGCUGUUGAUCGACGACAUACCCCUGAGCAGGCUGCUUCCACCCUUGAGCUUGCUCUGACAUACCGUGAGCAGGGAGUCGUUGGCUUGGAUCUCUGCGGUGAUCCAACAGCGAGGCCAGCAGGCGAGAUAAGUGUCUUCACACCUGUGUUCCUAGAGGCCAAAAAGAAAGGCUUAGGGAUUACGGUACACUUUGCCGAAGCUGAGGUGAGUGGGUCGAAAGAGGAGUUAAACACGCUGCUCUCUUGGGAACCAGGCAGGCUUGGACAUGUGAUUUGGGAGGACGAAGAGACCAAGAGGGAGAUUGCAAAGAGAGGGCUGUGUCUCGAGUUAUGCCUGAGCUGCAAUGUCAGAGCCGGGAUGGUGUUGGGCGGCUUCGAGGGCCACCACUUUGGGCACUGGAGAGGUGUCAACGGCCCCAAGAUCUCACUCAGCGUAAGUUACUGA